UGUCUCGUUAGUUCUCGCACUCAGGUGCUAUCUGCUCUAUAACCUGUAGGUGGCAGCCGCGUACAGUUGAACGUAUAUCAUCAAGUUGUAAUAGAAGAAGAAGAAGAAGAGGCAGAGAAUAAGCCCGCACUCCAGUCCAGUAGGUGGCGGUAAUGCACCUUUAGUGGUUUGCCAACCGCUAUUAAAAACAAAAAGAAGAAGAAGAAGAAGAAGAAGAAAUAUGGCGCGAUUUGAACACACUAGUAAUUAUGGUCGAACUGGACAUUAAAGCGUGUAUUUAAAUCGAUAUAACUCAUAACUGAGCGGAGUAUCCAUGUUUUCUUAGCAUUUGGUUCAGUGUGUAGUUUAUUCCUGGGUGUAGCAGGAUGCCUUCUCUUACUUUAAGAGGAGUUACUGUGGAUUUCCCCUUCACUCCAUAUCCAUGCCAGACGGAUUAUAUGAGCAAAGUGCUCGAGUGUCUCCAAAACAAAGUAAAUGGAGUUCUUGAGAGUCCGACCGGCACGGGGAAAACCUUGUGCCUGCUUUGCGCGUCGCUGGGCUGGAGGGCGUAUUUCAAAGACUCCAUAUCCGCGCGCAAGAUUGCAGAGAGAAUGGGAGGUGCCGAGCUGUUUCCUGACAGGCCGAUGUCAUCGUGGGGAACAACAGCAACUGACGGAGAAACACCAGGUAUGAAGAGUAAAGAGCAGAGUUUGAGGCCCAUGUUUGCAAGUCGAGCAGCUGUGUGUUUAAUUUUUUUUACCACUGUUUGGACUCUAGGUUUGCUAUUCGGACUUUUGGCUUUAAAACGCGUAGCCUUUGAUAACCAAGACUUUGAUUCGCUUCAUCUCAUGGCGUGGUUAAUGAAAUCAAAUGAUCUCCUUGCAGCCUAUUACACAGACAUGCCCAAAAUCAUCUACGCGUCGAGGACACAUUCUCAACUGACCCAGGUCAUCAGCGAGCUCAAGAACACGUCCUACAGGCCGAAGGUCUGCGUUCUGGGCUCCAGAGAUCAACUGUGUAUCAACCAAGAAGUACUGAAGCAAGAAAGCAACCAUGUCAAGGUCCAUAUGUGCCGAGCAAAAGUGUCGUCCCGCUCUUGCGUCUUCUACAAUAACGUUGACGAGAAAGGUACCGACAAGGACAUCAUCAACUCUAUCCUGGAUGUUGAAGAUCUCGUGAAAACGGGAAAAAAGCAAAGGGUGUGUCCGUAUUACCUGUCUCGCUCUCUGAAGCAGCAUGCUGACAUCAUAUUCAUGCCUUACAACUACCUCCUUGAUCCAAAGAGUCGUCGAGCACACAACAUAGAACUUAAAGGAGCCGUCGUCAUUUUUGAUGAAGCACAUAAUGUGGAGAAGAUGUGUGAAGAGUCUACCUCGUUCGACCUGACUCCUUACGAUCUGACGUCAGCCAUCGACGCGGUAGACAAGCUUUUGCGAGAGCAGGCCUCGGAUAUUGGCAAAGGAGAACCUUCAGAGGAUUUCGGUGUGGAAUCUCCAAGCUCAGGUCUGAACCUGGACAUCACCACUAUCGCUAAAAUAAAACAGAUUCUAAUGGACCUGGAGAUUGCCAUAAAUAGUUUUGAGAUGCCUUCCAGUAACCAGGGGAUCACCAAGCCUGGCAGUUUUAUUUAUGAGCUUUUCCAAAAGGCCCACGUAAACUAUGACACCAAAACCGCAGUUGUGGAUGCGAUGGAGCAGAUCACAGGAUAUUUGGCAGGAAGGCCUGGUAUUUUCCUCAACUCCAGUGGACUGCAGAAAGUCGCGGAUAUAAUACAAUUGGUGUUUGCUGUUGAACCUGCAGAGGGCGGUGUGCAGUCACACAAGGAGAACACCAUGCAGCAGUUUAAGGUACACAUUCAUCCAGAUAUGAGCAAUUUCAAGAAGAAGCAGAGUACCGAUCUGUGGGCGUCCUCUUCUACAAAGAAACAAGGCAAUGUGCUGAGUUACUGGUGUUUCUCCCCGGGAUUCAGCAUGCAAGACCUCCUCAGACAGGAAGUGCGCUGCAUCAUCCUGACUAGUGGCACCCUGUCGCCCCUGUCGUCCUUCACCUGCGAAAUGCAGAUCCCCUUUCCCGUGUGUCUGGAGAACCCUCACGUCAUUCAGAAGGACCAGAUCUUUGUCAGCGUUAUUGACAAAGGCCCGGACGGCGUGCAGCUCAGCACAGCCUUCAACAGGAGGUUUCUUCCUGAGAACAUGGCAUCAUUAGGAAACACUAUCGUAAAUUUGAGUCGAGUGGUUCCUCAUGGCCUGCUGGUGUUUUUCCCUUCAUAUCCGGUGUUGGAUAAGACGCUGGAAUAUUGGAGGUCUAGCGGCCAUGCAGACCGCAUCGAGUCAAUGAAGCCCAUGUUUGUGGAACCCAAAGGAAAAGGGACCUUUACAGAGGUGAUCGAUGGCUUUUAUGACAAGAUAAACGACUCCAAGUCAAACGGAGGGAGCUUCUUUGCUGUAUGUAGAGGAAAGGUGAGUGAAGGGUUGGACUUUGCGGACACCUAUGGCCGUGGAGUGAUCAUCACUGGCCUUCCUUUCCCUCCGAGAAUGGACCCCAGGGUGGUGCUGAAGAUGCAGUAUUUGGAUGAGAUGUGCAAAAAGAAAACCAGUGGUGUAAAGUAUCUGUCUGGGCAGGAGUGGUACAGGCAGCAGGCCUCUCGCGCUGUGAACCAAGCUAUCGGUAGAGUGAUCCGCCACCGUGACGAUUACGGUGCCAUCUUUCUUUGUGACUACAGGUUCAAGAGUACGGAUGUACGACAGCAGCUCCCUUCUUGGGUCAGACCUUAUGUUCGAACUCAUGAAAACUUCGGCACCGUGGUCCGUGACGCCGCGCAGUUUUUCCGCGUUGCACAAAAGCUUAGGCCUGUACCAGAGAAGAAGGUGAAAGGUACAACGUGUGAGAACCAGACAGCUAAAGACACCGGCCAGGGAAGUCCAGGGUGCAGUCGUUCAGCUCAGAGUGCCUGGGAGAGCAGCUCCUCUCUCAAAGCCAAAGUGUUUGACUCUCACGUGCCGAGUCUGAAGAGGAGGAAACUGGACGAGCGCUCAGAGAGAGACGGGACAGCCAGGCUUUGUGUCCAGUAUGAGAUGGAGAUGAGUUCCAGUAAGACGAGACAUAUGAGCCUGCUCGAUGCUCUGGAUAAAAGUGACCCCAAUCGAGACGAGGACGAUACCCAUGUUGGGGAGGAGAAGGCCAGCCGUUUAUCCACAUUAUCUCUACAGCACGAUAAGCGCAUGGAUGACGAAUCGAAGGGAGGGAAACGCAAAAUCAGAGUCGUGCAAGACCGGAAACCCGUAGACUGCAGUGCAGCGUGUAAAGGCAAGGCCUUUAUGCUGGAGCUGAAGAAAAGUUUAAGUCAGGAGAGCUUCACACAGAUCAUGUAUGCGCUUCAGGUGUACAAGGCCACAGAUAACCUCGAUGACCUUGUGGCGAAAGCAGCAGACCUUCUCAUACAAGACCCCAACACACACAUCCUGCUGAGAGGAAUCUACCAGUUUGUUCGGCCGCACCACAAGAUGCAGUUUGAUGAGAAAUGUCGGCUCCUUACCGGCAAAGGCUGUGGUUACAAACCUGAGCACUCGCUCUCUAGGGAGGAGAGACGAUUACUCAUGGAGCAAACAGCCAAAGUGGAGACUUCUGAAGUGUGCACAAGCACACAACUAGAGUCGAGCAAGCAGCUCAAUCGAGGCGGAUCUCAUUUGGGAACGCAUCAUAUGAGUGGAAUGGAUGCAGGUGUGAAGGACCAGAAGCCACAACAGUCAUGCAAAGAGAGUCAGCUUAGUGCUUCCCUGCUGUCUGAUAUAAAAAAGGCUAUUGGUGCUGAGAAGACAAAUCAGCUUUUUGUAGCCUUGCAAAUGUACAAGAAAACCGAUGACUACGAACAGAUGGUAUCAACAGUUGUGGGGUUGCUGACCGAGCGAGACGAAGACAUUAUUCUUCUAAAACGGUUAACAAUGUUCAUUCCAGCUCACCAUCGCGAGCAGUUCUCGGAGAUGUUAAGAGCCUUGACUGGGAGCGUUUCAGAGAUUUGCCAGGAUUCAGAUGAUUUUUCAAGUCCCCCGAUUACAGUUUCACAGCUCCAUGCAGGAAAAUCACAAAGCAAGAUAUCUUCCUUCUUCUCCUGACCUGGGAAAUCCUACAAGCUGCUACUCCGUUUAUGUGGGAUCGUUUUCUUUAAAGCAGAGGAAGAUGAAGCAGAGCAGUCCGCUCUUCACUUGGACCACGUUUGACAUUUUUCCAGGAACACAGCUAAAACAGAAUAAAAUUUAUGAUUGUGCUUUUACAACUGUAUUGUAAUGCACACUAUUGUGGUGUUAUUUUUCAAAGUUAAAUUAAAAUAUUUAGUUAUUUCUGACUUCUUGAGCCGUGUGAGGUGUA